AUGAUGACCGCGUUGGACGCUAAUGACGUAGAGCUUGUGCGAUGGCUACAUGAAACUAUACUGGAUGAAGACAAUGAACGGAAAUUUGACCACGAAACUCGCUUCUCUCUUCGGAACGGAGAUGGCGAAAUCGCCGAAAUCUUGAUGUCUAAAGGAAGAUGCGUGUUGGACUACGCUUCUUGCGAACGUGUGAAGAUGAUUGAAAUGCUAGUUCCCGAAGUGAACACACCAGAGUUCGUAGUGGGUGACCAGGAUGGUAUCAAUCGCAAUGUCAGUGCCUGA